GUUUCUUUAAGAAAUGGAAGACAAAAUAACAUCUAUAGUCACAGAUGAUAGAAUAGAUGAGAUUUUUCAUCUUAAUGCCACUAAAGAAGAGUUAAUUAUAAUCCUAAAUUACAUUAUAAUGGACUAUAAAAAGUUCUCAAUGACAGAUAAAAUCUUAUUACAAUCAUAAAAAUUACAGAAACUAACAAUAGAAGAAUGUAUAGAAAAUCGUUAUGUGUUUUUAUUCUUGCCAGGAGUAAAGAAUUCUAUGGAAAUAAAAUAAUAAAAAGAGGUCAGAUAUACAUAUGAACCUAAAGAAGGAAAGAUUUUGAAAGAAAAAUAUAGAAAUGGACGUAAAACAGAAUCAACUGAAGUUACAUAUGAAUAAAUAAAUAAAAUGUUAGGAUCCUUCAAUCAGAGUACAGGUGCUUUCUUAUAAAGCAAACCUAAUUUUGCUGAAAGUAGAUUUAUAGCACCUCUUUUACCAUAAGAAGAAGUUUCUAAAAGAGAGAAGGUUUAAGUAAAAGGUGGAUAAAUGCAAUUUGUAUAAUAGCCAAGAAAAAAUAAACCUGCUUUUAAAAAUUAUACUGCUGAAGAAGUCUCGAAACAUAAUAAACCAGGAGAUGUAUGGACUGUUUUGAAUGGCAAAGUUUAUGACAUUUCUCUUUACUUAGAUUAUCAUCCUGGUGGAGUAGAAAAGUUAAUGUUAGGAGCAGGAAAAGAUUGUACAAAAUUAUUUAAUUAAUUUCAUUCUUGGGUGAAUGGACAUGCUUUUUUGGAAUAGGACUACAUAGGUAACUUAAAAUAUUGA